CCGACGCGUCACUGCGCAUUCAAUAUGGACCCGACGGUGAAGCGGUAGCGUCCUACGCCUCUGCGAGUCGUGUUUAUAUUCGUACAUUAUGAUUUAACGUCUCAGAAAAGAAAACGCUCCGGUUAACCGGAGAAAACAUACAAUGUAUCGCGUCCGUAAUCCAACCGCCGUCCUCUGAUAAGUGAUUGAGAGUGGAUGAGACCAUGGCUGGAUUGAUCAAGAAACAGAUACUGAAACAUCUCUCCAGGUUUGCUAAGAACCUCUCCCCAGAUAAGAUUAAUCUGAGUACUCUUAAAGGGGAGGGCCAACUCACCAACCUGGAGCUGGAUGAGGAGGUUCUGCAGAACAUGUUGGAUCUGCCCACCUGGCUCGCCAUUAAUAAAGUCUUCUGUAAUAAGGCCACCAUCCGGAUCCCAUGGACCAAACUGAAGGCACAUCCAAUCACUCUGUCUUUGGAUAAAGUUAUCAUGGAGAUGAGCACCUGUGAUGAGCCCCGCCCUCCCAAUGGUCCGUCACCCAUAGCAACAGCCUCGGGUCAAAGUGAAUAUGGUUUUGCAGAGAAAGUAGUGGAGGGCAUCUCUCUUUCAAUAAACUCCAUAGUGAUUCGGAUCAGCGCCAAAGCCUUCAACGCCUCCUUUGAGCUCUCGCAGCUCCAGGUCUACAGCGUCAACACCAGCUGGUCCACCGCUGACCUACGAUACACGCGGAUCCUGGACCCCACUCGUGGAGAGAUCCUGACAUUUAAGGAAGUCAGCUGGCAGAUGAUCAGGAUCGAAGCGGACGCCAUCCAGAGUGCAGAACAUGAGGUCGUCAGCGCCCCUAUACGCCUCAUCACCAACCAAUCAAAGAUCAGAGUCACUUUAAAGAGAAGGAUGAAAGAUUGUAAUGUUGUGGCCUCCAAGCUGAUUCUGAUCCUGGAUGACCUGCUGUGGGUUCUGACUGACUCUCAGCUCAAGGCCAUGGUGCAGUAUGCCAAGUCCCUCAGCGAAGUCAUGGAGAAAUCAGCUGCACAGAGGAAAAGCAUGGCCCCUGACACCACACAGGUAACACCAGCGCCCCCUUCAGCCCAGCAGGUGCGCACGCAGCAGACUUCAGCCGCAGCAGAUCAAAGCGCCUCCAUGGCGCGGCUGUUCAGUGACUAUGACGUUCGGGAGACAUCUCACCACCUUCAGAUCACGCACCUUGACCUGCACAUCUGCGACGACACCAAUGCCAAGGACAGAGGAAUCAAUAAAAGAUUUGAUGGUGGGGCCAUGCAGUUGUCCUUCAGUUCCAUAACAGUAGACUACUACCCCUUCCACAAAGCUGGUGAGAGCUGUCUGCAUUGGAUGCAUUACGGGGAAGCCACAAAGGCCCGUGAGACCUGGGCUCGCGCUCUCCUGGAUGAGUUUAAGACAAACGUGGACAUGCUUAAAAACGCUGUCAGCGGCCAAUCCCAGAGCUCCCCUCAGCAUGUCCAUCAGUCGAUUGUCUUAGACGCACUGGGUGGUGGAGGGAUAAUGGUUAGGGAGCUGGACUCAGGCCCAGAUGGCUUGUGGCCGCUCUCCCCCACGGCCAACUGCUGCUGGUGUCUGGAGACAGGUAAGAUCUCCACCAGCUCUAGCAGUACCUUCACGCCCCCACCUGCACCCAAAACGCAACUCAUGUCAAGUUCGAUCGUGCUGCGGAUGGCGGAUUUCAGCAUCUAUCAGGUAUCCACAGCAGACCAGCCACGCUCCAGUCCUCAAAGCAUGAUUUCCUGCAAUAAGAAAUCUCUCUACCUCCCUCAAGAGAUGCCCGCCAUCCACGCCGAGUUCACAGAGUACUACUUUCCAGAUGGCAAAGACUAUCCCAUUCCUUGUCCCAAUCUGUACGUGCAAUUGAACGCUCUGCAACUGGUUCUUGACCCUCGCAGUUUAAUUUGGCUCAAUCUGUUUGCGUUGGACCUUCGGCAGAAUCUGGAUCAGUUCAUGGAGCUGUACAAACUCAAUGACUCUCAGAAGCCAGAAGAGCAUGUCGACAUCAGAGUGGAUGGACUCAUGCUGAAGCUGGUGAUCCCUGCAGAUCAAAAGACUCAACCCGACCAGCCUCGCUCCUUGUCUGUGCAAACCUCAGAGAUGGUAGCCACAAACACUCGACAUUCUUCCGGCUGCACUCGGUCAAGUUUGGAAUCCCUUUUGCAGGCCUUCAAAGAGCAACCCUUCUUUAACUCCUCAUCUCCUUCUUUUCCUCGUGCCGGAAACUCAUUCCCCGUGUUGCACUCUGUCUUCCAGCGCCACGCACAUGAGCAGGACACACGUGUUCAUGACGUGUACCGGGGCCUUGCCUCACCCUCUCUCUCUACCAAAGCGCUCAAAACACCAGCGGCCACUGACUUAUGGGCCAUACACUUUUCUCAGUUCUGGGUAGACUAUGAAGGCUCCCGUAGCGGGAAAGGUCGGCCGACACCUUGUGUGGACUCCUUCCCUCUCACUCUUUGGGUGUGCAAGCCCGCCCGUUGCGCCCAAUACUACGAGAAGCUUAAAGCCGGUGUGGGGUCGGGGAAGAUGACCCGAAGCGAGUCAGCUGAGAUUGCCACUCGUUUACAGAGAAAGAAGCUCCUGAAGGAAUUCUACAGCACUGAUGCAUCCCCUAGCCCCACACCGAGCAACGGCCUCCACAAACCCCACUCUCUUGACGGCCUAUGCAGCCACUCUUCAUCUCUCUCCCUAGCAUCUUCCUCUUCCCCGGCAAGUGAAGUAGACUUGCAGGUGCUGGUGUACCUUCAGAAGCACCUGAGUGCUCAAAUGAGCCACGGGCAGUAUGUGUUCCUGCUCAGACUGCAAAAUGCUGUGAAAUCACUACAGCGCACUUUACAACAAGAUCUGGAGCAGUACGGCUCCAAGUACCAGGGCCCAGGCCAACCCCUUAGUGCCUGCGUAGGAGUGCUCAUGAAAAGUGCAGAAGUCGCUCUUCUCCUAAAGCCCAUUCCCGAACCGGACUCAAGCAUAAGUCCCUUGAAUUCUGAUAUUUCCCCGUCAGAGAGCAGAGCCACUCUUGAGGCAGGCAGUGAGGGGGGCGAGGGAUCUGAGAGACCCUCAGCUCCAGGAUCUGUGGAUCAUCUACUGUGUACAGGUACAGAAUCAGGCACACACGCCCUUAAUACAUCUCCUCUCCUUCCGUCCUCGACUGCUUUGAGAAAGGGGUCUAUGGAUGAGAGGAGCAGCAUAGCAUCGGGAGGGAGGGUGGGGUCAGAGGAGAAAAAGGAUUCAAAAGAAGGAACUCUUAAUGGGGACGGGGGCAGAACUGAAGCCAAAGGGCAACACUAUGAACCCUUACAAUCUUCACAAGGUGGAAGUGCGGUAGUGGAUCCUCUUUCCGACCUUUCCUCCAGAGAAUGGAAUGACAGGAGUCAGGGAAGCAAGCUUCCUCAGUCCAUGUCCAGGAAAGGCAGUUUAUCUGUGGUCACUGACCUCUUAACCUCCACGCACAGCAGGUCUACCUCCUUAUAUUCCAUGUCCAACAUUGGCCGUUUGAUGCAGGGCAAAUCUCAGUCGAGUUUCUCGGUCACCUAUAAGAACAUGAAGAAGAGUCCCUCACUACAGUCUCUGGAUGAUGUUUCCAUAGACAGCUACUUGAUGGAGGACUGUGACACCUACAGUCUGCUCGAGAGAGAUGACGUAUCAAUCUCUGGAUUUAAAGAGACUCUGAGUGAACAAAAUUCAGAAGGAGCCAGUGUGAUUCUGGCAGAUGAAGCACAGUCACCUGAUGCCAUCAGCGCUGCUUCUCAGAGCAUCGAUGAACCCACAAAAGACCUUGUGUCGGUUCUUGUUCUGAAGGUUCAUUCGGUCUGUUGCUCUCUGGAUCUGAUGGGUGAUGACACAGCUGUAGCUCUCGAGGUGGGACGCAUCAGACCCAAUCAGCUCGGCAAUGUCAGUUUGCGGCAGUAUCUUAGCAACCGCAGCCUAGGUUUAGUCCCUUCGACAACAGCCAAUCAGAGCAGUGAAGGUUCCGGUUCACGGUCAGAUCCCAACACGGUGCUGUUAGUUCCCGAGGUGCAGGUGAGGCUGGAGAGCGGUCCGGGAGCAGCAGUUCACUCUCCGCUCGCUGAACAGAAUGGCUUCCUGCAGUGCCGAGUCCAGGCCUUGAGUGCUGACUUUCUCAUGACAUCACUACGAAACCUCGCCUUCUUCCUUGAAGAUGACUCCGCCUCCCAGGUCCUGCCCAUGGAGAUCACUAUCAAAGAUACGCACAUAAACCUAAAGGAUGAUGGUCCACGUGACAACGCAUCAGAGGCCACGCCCAUUGCACUGCAUAUUAAUGAUCUCCUCGUCCAUCGUCAAGACGACGGUUCAUUCAGCAUUGGAGAAGCUGAGCGUGCCCCGGACUCAAAGCUUCAAAAGGCGGGGCCUGUGAAUGACAGCAGGCUCAGUUCUGUCCCUGAACUUCCCAUAGGUGUGGCCAGUGAGCCGAAAGCCACUCAGACUGCACCUCUGUCACCCACAAUCCCCACCCCCUCAAAUAGAGAACAGCUGCUCAUAGAGGAAAAUGAAUGCUUAAAACUAGAGCUCUCCAAAGCCAAGAUGGCGCUAGCAGAGGCCCAGAUGGAGCAAGACUCUCUCCAGCAUCGAUUGAAAUCUCUCAAACUCACCAGCGGGGGCAGCAACAGCUAGUGGCAGUGUGUGAGGGUGUGCACAAGAAUGACACUUGCCACCGGGGGGCAGCAGCGUGCUUGGAGGGGCCCGGCACCAUAGGAAAGCCCAACUCUACAGCAUUGGAAGGACCUGUGGAGAGGAUGGUGUGUGGUUUAAGGCAAAUCUGACUUUGACUGCGACCAGUGGCUCUGCUCUGAGGAACGUUGUAUUUAUCAUAGCGUACACACAUAGAAAUAAAACUGCUUUUUGAACAGACAGUGGAUUAGCUCAGACUUCCCUCUUGUGGUGAUGUUUUUCACUUUUUUUGUCACUUCCGUGUCUAAGGUGGUGCACAUGCGCACCCAUCCUAAGGUAUCAUGGGAGAAUGUAAAGGAGUCAUACACCCAAUCUUGCUUUCACCCUUUAGCCAUUCACAAGCAGUGUAGGAGCACAUUCCACCCUAGACCUCUGACCCCAGGACAGUCUUAUAUACACAAAGUUUUUGAAUGUCAUAUCUUUGGAGGAAUGUCUUAAAAAAGUUCAUUUGCACUGUUCUCAUUUAAAAGACUAUUUAGUUAGCUCUUAAGAAAUUUGUGUUUAUAUACAGUAUAAUAAUUGUAAUACACAAGAAUGUUUUUUUUAAGUGCGAUCGAAUUUGGGGGGGGGGCAUUUUUACAUCUCAUUCUUAUAUUAGUAUCUAAAAAAUAAUAUUUUUCGUAAUCAUGUUCACGAACACACUACAGGAGUUUUUGCUAAGUGGAAAUGCACGAGUCGAUUUUCUUGUGCCGUAUGAUAGAGAUGCGUUGGGUUUUGCAGUGCAAAGUGAAUUUAGUUCAGGAUUUGCGACUAAACAUGCCACGAGAUUUCACAAUAGGUGUAUUUUUGCACUGCAACAGUCAAAUAAGAUCAAUUAUUAAUUCCGCAGGUGUUUGUUUUGUUUUGAUGUCACGAACGUGAGACCUGUAAAUGAUGCUUUUUCAUAAUGUUGAUCUUCGAUUACCAGCAUUUCUGCACAAAAAUGGUGGAAGUUAAACCACAGAGAAGGGUGUUGGGAGAAAAUGGCCCAGAACAAAUGGUAUGGUGGGAAAUCAUUCUUAAAAGUUUGUGUUAAUACUUUUUUAUUUUGUUAUAAUUUAACAGGAAAGGGCAUCUUAUAUGUGAUAAAAUAGCCCCAAUCAUACAGCAAAAUUUUUAAAAUGUUUCUUGAGUUUGAUCUUAAUUUUUUCUUUUAGUUUUUCUUGUUUCUUUUUCUCGCACUGUUUUGGGACAUUAAUCAGACACCAUAUUUAAUUUUACGACUGCAAAUAAGGCUGUGUGGGAUGGAUGUACACACUAAAAAAGUAGGUUUCACGCAAAUAUCCAGCCUUUUUUUCAUUUGUAUAAAAUUAAGUAUGCCAUUUGCCCUGAUUAAUGUCUAAACGGUAACAUCCACAAGUGCCUACGACUGCACGCGUUCUCCAAAUUUGAUAAUUUUACUAAUUUUGUUCUCUAAUUGAAUGUGUAGUGUUCUUCAUACAACAAGCAUCUAUCCGAACUUUUCUCUGAGGUUUGGAUUUGAAACACGGAUAGCUGGAUGAGUAGUGUCUUGAAUGUAGAAAGCGUAAAAUUGUGAAUUGCUUUCUUCUGUAUUUCUAAGUCACACCUCCAAUAACACAUUACCCCCACCCAAUUGUCUAAUAGACACGCCCCCUUCGUGUUGGAGGUUUACCUGUUUAGCACAAACGAUGAACAAUGAAGCUCAAUCAAGCAAAAUUAUUAUUAUUUUUGUGUCCGUCAGAAGCUGCUGAUGUACUGAGACAAGUGAAAUAAAAUGCUGACGUUA